UUGUACUUUUUCUCAAAUUUGCAUCUGCAGGAAUGCUUCAAAGGGAGCUGGUCAACUCACAAGCUUCUUCAUAAAAACGCUAAAAAUGAAAAACCUAAAGAAGAAAAUUCUAAGUCUAUUAAGGAUGAAAUUAAUAUGGAUCCUUGGCCUGGCUAUCGAUACACAGGCAAACUUAGGCCAUAUUACCCAUUGAGUCCCAUGAGGCUUGUGCCAAGUUAUGUCCAGUGGCCUGAUUAUGCAGAUCAUCCAUUAGGUGUGUCUGAAUCCGAGCAGUCCUUAAAGGGGACGUCGCAGAUCAAAGUUCUGCCAGCGGAAGACAUAGACGCAAUGCGGCUAGUAUGCAGACUUGCCAGGGAAGUAUUAGAUGUGGCUUCAAUGAUGGUGAGGCCAGGGGUCACAACAGAAGAGAUUGAUCAUGCCGUUCAUCUGGCAUGCUUAGCAAGGAACUGUUAUCCCUCCCCGUUGAAUUAUUACAAUUUUCCAAAGUCCUGCUGUACGUCGGUGAAUGAGGUGAUCUGCCACGGCAUCCCGGAUGUGCGGCCCUUGCAGGAAGGCGACAUUGUUAAUGUGGAUAUUACAGUUUACCGAAAUGGUUUUCAUGGUGAUUUAAAUGAGACCUUUUUUGUCGGAGAAAUCGAUGAAGGAGCAAAGAAACUGGUUCAGACAACAUUUGAAUGCCUUAUGCAUGCUAUUGAUUCAGUAAAGCCAGGUAUUCGGUACAGGGAGUUGGGGAAUAUCAUUCAGAAGCACGCACACGCAAAUGGAUUUUCAGUUGUCCGAAGUUAUUGUGGCCAUGGGAUCCACCGACUUUUCCACACUGCACCUAAUGUGCCACAUUACGCAAAAAAUAAAGCUGUUGGAGUGAUGAAGGCAGGUCACAUCUUUACAAUUGAACCUAUGAUUUGUGAAGGAGCGUGGCACGAUGAGACCUGGCCAGAUGGUUGGACUGCUGUAACUAAAGAUGGCAAGCGUUCCGCACAAUUUGAGCACACCCUGCUGGUCACAGAGACUGGCUGUGAAAUCUUGACGCGACGCCUGGAGGAUGAUGGCCGUCCUUAUUUUGCGACACAGUUGUAAAGCUGCCGCCUGGCUGGCGAUUCCAGGGAAAGCUUUUAGCAAUGUCCGAAAUGCACUCUUCACCUGCAAGUUCAAUAAAUGCCUAAGGUCACCGAUUAUAUUUUUGGUUUGAUGGAUGCUGCAAAGCAUUGGAUGCACAGUCUGUACGCAAUAUCUCUUCUCGUUUCUUCCUCCAGAGUGCCUCUGGUCAUAAUGGCAUUCUUACUGCUUCUAUCUUAAUGUUUCUCAUAGAAUUACACGUGUGGCUUCUAUAUAGAUUGUGGGAUGUUGGAAAGUGUGUUACUAGCUGCUGUCGUAUUAGCUGGUAAAUUUCCUGCAAGAUUUCUUGUUUUGGACAUGUCUACAAAGGAUGGACACUACUGAGUCAAAAGAAACACCAUUUACAAACACAUCUGGUCAGAGAUUCUUCCCUAAUCUGAAAUUACUUCAAAAUACUGAUUGUUCGGGUGAUUUUACUCAUACCACUAAUGGAAAAAUAUUGAAGAUGGGUAGUACAUCUUUUUUGGUCAAAAUUGAAAUGACAAUUUUCUCUUUGUACUUUGAUCAGACAAAGUUAAGUUUUUUUUUAAAAAAAAGACCUCAGUAAAUUUCUAUUUUUUCUGAUAAACGUUUUAAGUGCUGGUCAUAUUGUUGAUGAUAAACUGUUGUAUUUUGUAUUGUUUCAACUUUGUUUUUAGUGAUGACCAUACAAAAUCUGAAAUUCAUCUUAAAGACGAUUACUUAAAUUGCCAGUUAUGCUGCCAGUUUUACUGUGGAAUAAAACUGAAUAUAAAUCCACUAAUCUUACACACCAUGAAAAAUUUCACUGGUGCCCAUGCAAUAUAAAAGGUGGUCAUAAUGAAAUGAAAAUGGAUUAGAAAUAAGCAAAUUUCCUGAACUUUUUUCAUAUAAAAGUAAACAAUGCACAUUGUAGAACAGCAGGUUGAGAAAUAGGUUGGUUGUCCUGUGUAGUUGAUCAGUUUCCUAUUGUAACUGGAGUAAAACUGAAUAUCAAGAUUUCAGAGAGUUUUUCAUCUUGCAUUGUUUUUAUUUUUAAAAAGAUGAAAGAAUGAUCAGGCACUGGUUCUGUACAUUCUUGGAAUUUCCUGGCCACGGUUUUAUAGUCGGAAAACUUUCAUGGUUGACCUGAAAUAGUAUGUUCCUGAUUCACAACUAGUUAUGUAGUACAGCGACACUAUUUNAAAAAAAGAAAGAAGGACAGGGCGCGCCUGGUAUAAAAAGGACUGGAGAUUGCUGUAAAUGUCUGCUGGCUCCAGUCCUCCAGGAACAGCCUGAGCAAGAAAGGUUUUCGGUAUUUCUCUUGCAGCAACGAAUUGUCUUAAAUUAUUUAGUGAUCCAUGUGCUCAAGUCACAUCACUGGUUAUUGGAGUGAGUUCACGUCUAACGUGUUGCACACAUUUUUUCUGGUAUUGUGCUAAUAUUAUAGAGAUAGUAAAUAUGACUUUUUAUGCUGAAUAUCGCCAACUCCUGUUGGGAUUUAGGUGGAUGAGCUACCCCCUUCCGCAUUCCCCCCCACCCCCCCACCACCAUCUAACCAAGGUGUGCUGAGGCCCUUAUCUGACACCUACUGCUGCCCCAAGCUGUAAUCGGUGAGCUCAGCGCAGGACUAAUACUUUAUCCUGUUUGUAAUCUUAGUAAACUGAAAAAUAACUGGCAAAUGUUUUGUCAUCCGCACACAUUUUUCCUCCCCAGCUGCACAGUGCUCAGCUGGCCAGUGAAGAAUAUUUCUCCUCCUACUUUGCCUCAGGACAAGGUUGAGGAAAAUUGCACCUUUGUGGAUUGAGAGUGGUAGUAAACGAAAACCAUUGCGUAAGGUUUUCACACAGACCUGUAGCUGUUUUUUGUUUCCGGUCCUUAAUAGCUAAAUCCUGGGUCGCUAUAAGAUUAUAAAUCCACCUAAAUAAUUUAAGAAAGCACGGAUUGAGAAAAGGCCAUUUGGUCCUUCAACCGAUGACUUAAAGCCUAUUCGGGGUGGACUCGACACUAUCCUGGAAGAAAGCCUUUGGAGAUAAUCAAGUGAAGACUCAACAUAGACAUUCUCUUCCUUCCCAAGGGCCCCCAGUCAGCAACCAGGGAGCAUUGUGUGUGGCAGAGUAUCUCUUUCUCUUAUGUGUGCCUAUUCCCCAUAAUUUACAUUGCUCUUCCUAAAUUGACACUUAUCUAGUUUUUUUUCCACAAAUAGUGUGGUGGGAUCAAGUGCUUUUAUGAGGAAUCCACCCCAGAAAUCAAACCAUUCGAUGAGAAAAGGUGUUGUCUUUUGUUUUGAUCCCGGUUCAUUUUAAACUGAUGUGCCCUUAUUCUGUAUUCUUGAAUCAAAUAGCCCAAAUUCCACCUCCAUGUGUGCCUCUCAGUACACCUGGAUCUAGUCUCUCGCCCUCAAUGUUUCCUUUGUUUGGGUCUAUUGGCCUCUUAUACCUGAUGGUGCUCAGCACCAGAUUCAUCGUUGUUAAUUUUUCCUUUACCCUUUAACACUUCAAUUUUUUUUAAAAAAAAGAUAAGGUACCCAAACCUACAGUAAUGUACAAAAUAUUCUAAAUGUGACCUUAGCGGUGAUCUGUAUUAGAUUAGGAUCAUUUAUUGACUAAGGCCAAUGCCUUGGCGAUACUACUUGAUGUUUGACUAGCUUUAAUAGCUUGCCAUUCAUUGCCUGGUAACUUUUCAGUAAAUGAUCACCUUCAAACAUUUUGAUGUAUGUUUGUAUAAUGUACAUGUUUGUAAUGUCACUUAGCCCAAAUGCUCAAUCGGUCCAGAUUUUCUGAAAUGCUGCACCAAGGAUAAGGGGAAAUUUCAAAUUGCCCACAGCUAUUAAGAGUGCUUCAUUUCCAUAGCAGAAGACAAAAUGUGCAGUCACUCUGCAGCAGGUUCCUACACCCCCCACCGCCCCCCGUUGGACUGCUACUGUGGAGGCAAUUUUUGCCUUAAGCCUAACUUGGGAACAGUAAGUCUUAAAGUAGAAAUAUAAGUUGCGUUGUCCUGAUUUUACUGACCAGAAGUUGAAGUUAGAAGGCCUUAUAUAAGCACAGGGGUUCGCAACUGCAUUUGUCUAUGGGUUUGCGAACACUAUAUUCUCCCGCUCGUAUAGUGGGUGGUCAAUUCUCUUAUUCUAUAUGCGUCACUACCUCCCAUGUGCUGAACAUUCAAUCAAAGCCUUUCCGCACCUUCUUUCGUGCUUUAUGACAAGUAUUUAAAGGAUGGUGAUCAAUGUGGCUGAGAUUUAUAAGCGGCAGCUGCACUCAGAAAACUUGCAAAAGUUGAUUCUAUUUAAAUUGUGGACCAAGGAAAGUGACUCUCCUCUCCUCAACCCCCCCCACCCCUCCCCUCCCCCCAAAAUAAAGUACUACAUGGGAGGUUUGAUGCAGGUUAUCGUCCAAAUGCAUCUCAAUUUUUUUUAAAAUCAAUUUUAACCUCGAUGGAUUUUCUCAUGCCUUUCAAUGGUAGGUAGGGUUGUUAUUUUCUUGAAUUUUAACCUUUGGUGCUGUGGGAUUUAAUUUUCUUACCUGUUAUGUGGAUUGAGGCAACGUUUGCAGAAAAGAUGACUUCACAUAUCCAAAUGAAGAAACUAAACCAAGAACUACCACUGAAAUAAGCCAUGUUUGAUGUAGCGAUGUGCAAACAAUAAAUAGGUUACACAUUU